CCAUCCAUGGAGAAUCAGACCACAGUGACCAAGUUCAUUCUGCUCGGUUUCCCUAUCAAUAGAAAGGCAGAGCUGCUAUUCUUCAUGCUGCUUCUGCCCAUGUACGUGAUGACACUCUUGGGGAACAUCCUCAUCAUCUACAUUGUUGUGUCCCAUUCACGCCUCUACACACCCAUGUACUUCUUCCUCUGCGAUCUCUCCACCUUGGACAUCCUCUUCACCUCUGUCAUUUCCCCAAGGAUACUGGACAACUUGGCCACUGGGGACAAAAGCAUCUCCUUUGCUGUGUGUAUCACUCAGUGCUAUUUCUACUUCUUCCUGGGGACAGUGGAGUUUCUUCUGCUGACAUCCAUGUCCUAUGAUUGGCAUGCUGCCAUCUGUAACCCACUAAGGUACAACACCAUCAUGAGUCCUUCUGUGUGCAUUGGACUGGUUCUUUUCUCAUGGGUGGGUGGUUUCUCGUCUGUUCUUUUCCCCACCGUACUCAUCUCUAGGUUACCCUUCUGUGGCUCCAACAUAAUUAACCAUUAUUUCUGUGACGGUAGGCCUCUGUUGGCCCUGGCCUGUACAGACACGACAUCCAUUGAGCUGAUGGAUUUCCUGCUGUCAUCCGCAGUCAUCAUCUUUUCCAUAAUUCUCACUGGGUAUUCCUAUGCUUGCAUCAUUAUAACCAUCUUACAUAUCCCAUCAGCCACUGGGAAGAAGAAGGCCUUUAACACGUGUGCUUCUCACCUGACCAUUGUUGUGAUAGCUGGAGGCAUCACAGCCUUUAUCUAUGCGACUCCCUCCCAGAAAGAAACCCUGGAGAUGAACAAAAUACCCUCGGUGUUGAGCAGUGUGGUAGCACCUUUCCUCAACCCCUUUAUCUACACCCUGCGCAAUGACACUGUGCAGGGGAUCCUUAGGGAGGUGUGGUCCUAUUACAUGGUGCCUGAGAGAAGUGACAAACAAGUGGAGAGCACCAAAUGGGCAAAGUGCUCCCAAUGGGCCAAAGACAUCCGUUCCUGCUGUCUGUCUCCCCAAGAGACCCAGGACCAAGCUGAAAGGGAGCAGAAGUACAAAUGUCUACAUCUGAUGGAAGAGCUUGCUGGCCUGAUGCUAGCUGGGGAGGUGCUCCAUAAUGAAAUGGAUGGCUGUCAAGGAAGUGUGUCCCCUACUACCAAAAGCCUGCUGGACUUCUGGCAGCGGCUCUCUUCCCAGCUGGAUGAGGACCACCCCAUCCACCAUACUCCCCAUUACUACCACCGGCGACUUCAUUCUCUCCUGUGGGUCUAUGGCAACAGCCAUGACCGAAGCACCUGGAGAAGAAGGGAGUGA